ACUCCUUUGGGGGGUCCUGCAGUCCUGUUAUACCGCCAGUAUUAAUCUGUACUCUAUUUUCCCAUAAAUUGCUACUGUAGCAUUCGUCUAGCUGUUGUUUUCACCGUGUUUUUUGUUUUGUUUUGGCAACGUAUGACCGCUUUACUGGCGGAAGCAGAGAGAACGAGACACAAAACAGCCUGCCGUAACACAGUUCAGUGUCUAUUUGACAGCUAACUUUAGGCGAGUUCGACAACACAGUGGUUAGCUGCGCGGUCGGGUGAAGCGUCGAGUGGGAAGCGUUUUGUUAGCCGACUGCCUUGAACGAGGAAAAAACGCGAGAUGGUGACUUUGUCAUCAGUAAUUCGACCUCUGGCUUCUCAGCUUCACCGACAGCUCUUAAAACACGCCGGGAGGAGUCACCGCUUCACCUCCGUCCGCGGAUGCAAUCUGACGGCGUGCUCCAGCAGAUAUGUGCUGUCGCAAAUGCACCCCAUGUGGCAGGGACCCCUUGCAGUUCCAGGAGGUGACCGUCAGUCUCCGAUUGAUAUUGUUGUCCGAAAGAGCGUCUUUGAUUGCCAGUUGAAACCUUUGGUCGCUGACUAUGACCCAACAACAUGCCAGCAAAUCUGGAAUAAUGGUUACUCCUUCCUGGUUGAAUAUGAUGACACGACAGACAAGUCAACUUUAAAAGGGGGCCCUUUGCAAGACAAAUUUAGGCUGUGCCAGUUCCACUUCCAUUGGGGUGAGAGCAAUGCCUGGGGGUCAGAACACACCGUGGACAGGAGGUUAUUUCCUGCAGAGCUUCACUUGGUUCACUGGAAUUCAGAUAAGUACAGUCUGUUUGAGGAGGCAGUGAUGGAGGACAAUGGCCUGGCUGUUAUUGGUGUCUUUCUCAAGGUGGGGAAUAGACAUGAUGGCCUUCAGAAACUGGUAGAUGCUCUCCCUGCUAUCAGACACAAGGGAAGUGUGGUAGAGUUCACUAAAUUUGAUCCUGGCUGCUUGUUGCCUCACAACACUGAGGAUUACUGGACGUACCACGGCUCUCUUACAACUCCUCCUCUGACUGAGUCUGUGACCUGGAUCGUCAUGAAGCAGCCCAUAGAAGUUAGCCAUGACCAGCUGGCUGUCUUCCGGAGCCUUCUUUUUACCUCAGCCGAGGAGCAGGUCCAAAAGAGCAUGGUGAACAACUUUCGUGUGCAGCAGCCUCUGCGGGGUCGCACCGUCCGCUCCUCCUUCAGUCCCUUCCUAAAGGAGUCGCCGUCUGACCAGGACGACCAGCACACCCAUUAAGUGCAUCUCUUGCAUCCUGUUACAGUUGGUGCGACGAAACAAUGUUAUUUUCUCCAAGAAAAUGUAUAUCAAUGUAAAAUACGAUCAUUUUACUAGGCAAAUUGGCUAUUGCUUUUAAAAACUAAUAACUGGUUUGUUAUUCCUAAUUCUAUCAAUUGACACAUUUGUAUUCACAUAAAUUAUAUUUAUUCUGAAUUGACAUUUUAUUGAUUUAUAUUUGAGAGUUUCUAUCAAAUUUUAAAAAUGAGGCUGCUGGUGUAGACUCAAUGGCACCGUGUGCUGGCCACAGCCGGUAUAAUAGUAAACACCACCUUUUUGCACAACACUGACACACAUCAUACUGAUACACAUUACCUGUACAUCAGAUUUUAUUCUGUGUCUUUGUUUUUUAUACUGUCUGUGUUAAGCAUACUCAACACAAGGUUUUUGAGCAACAUUAAUUCGCCUUUAAUCAGAGCUCUUUUGUACAUUCACAAAUCCUUGUUUAUCUUGACUAGAUACAGUCAUAUAGUGCCUUGGAUUCUGAUUUGCAGUCAAAUAGCUGGGAGGUACUCAAAUUUUCCUGCUAUUGUGGUGCAAUUGGAAAAAAAAAAAGAAUCGCCUCUGUGGUCUAAAAUGAGCCUUCUUCACAUGGGUUGUGUUUACGUCUAAUGCCACAUUCUUCGUAAUAAUUUCCUCCCAAACAAAGCCUGUUCAACUGUUGUCAAAAGGAAGAAUCUAUCAAUUCCUUGCUUUUGGGGGGUUUUCUUCCUGGGUGUCUGCACCCUUCAUUUAAAAGAGCCCAAUCUACUCUACUUAUUCACAUCCAUCAUAUGGUCCUUGAUCUUUUUCACUAUGCAACAUUUUAGGCGAGAGCUUUUGAGACUGUAGAAAUAAACUAAAGCAGGCUGAUUAUAAAAUGAGGGUAAAAGAGGAUUGUGUACGAAGGGACAAAGGUUUGACAGAGUAGAAAAAUGUUCUUUAGGUGCUCUCAUUUCAUGAAAGGAUACUUGAGCAGUGUGUCUGAUUCUGAUAUUAAGUGAUGGCCACUAUCGUUAUUCAUUUGAGAUGAAGAAAUGCUAAAACACUCACGCUUGUCAUUUUAAUCCUACCACCAUGACCAUACUGUUCAAAUCAAGCCUCCCUCUUUUCUUGAAGUAGCCUCUUCCAUGAGCACAGACCCGAUCUAUCUCCCUAGUUGGUCCAUUUUGUGUGAAGCCACACAAACUGGAUGUGUAUUGAAAAAAACUGUUGUAAGUGAUUUAAGCAGGUUGUGAAGGCUGCACAUUCACAGAUAAGUGUGUCCACUUAUCUGGUCCAAUUUUAGGUCUUUUGCGGGAUGUACGGAAGGAUUUUAAAUAUGCAUCAAAACAUUUUGUAGAUAUUUUUCUUAUGGAUUUACAUCUCAUGCAAAAAAAACCCAACAACAUUGCCUUUAUGUAAUUGUUUUACAGAUGCAUCACAUGUUACCUGCCUUCCUUUAUUAUGGUAUUUUAUUAUAUCAAACUUCAUUUGAUGAUCCGAAUGUUAUUCAUAUAAGCAGAAUCAAGAAUGGGAUCCAUUAUAAUUGUUGAGACAGUGUUUUUUGGUGCAAUCACCAUUGAUUCAAUCAUGAUUUGGUGUAUUUUUGUCUCGUCUCUCUGGGAUUUCAGGAUAUACGCAUCUCUGUGUGUGUUUAAUUUUUUUUUCUAAUUAUUUUUCUUUAUGAUCUGUACUGUAUUACUAGGUUGGACGUUUUUCAAAUGUAACGAUUAAAAAAAAAUUUUUUUUUUAAACAAACUGUAAGCUGUCAUUAUGGUACACUUAUUAUUCAUGAUGCCUUAUAUCAUCUGCAGGUCAUUUUUCAAUUUGAGCAUGAAUGUGUAUUUUGUACUUUUUCAAUGCACUGUAGCUGUUUAUUUGUCCAAUGGGCAGUCAACAUUCCUGUACAGCAGGGACUCAUUGAGGUCUCUCCUCUCCCUGCUGACAUUUCUGGAUGGUUCUUCUGUAGUCCAGCUGGGCAACCAGUAUUUUUCUCCUUGAAAACCUUGCUUUGAGCGGAAUGUACCCAGACAAAUUGAUUGAGUGUGAUGGAAAUUGGUAUGAAUUCAUGUCAUAACAAUACAUUCUUGUGUUUUUGUUUUCAUUGGUACUAAUUAUAAUCCAAUGCAAAAAUUUUACAUAUACCAUAUACCAAAGCAUUCAUGUUCACUCACCUUCAACGAUUGUACAGUUAGAUUUAAAUCGGGGAGUUUUUUUGCAGUUUUCGGUCAACCUCUUGAAGGACCCAUGACUUUCAGCUGAAAUGAAACCUAGUAUUUCGCUCCAUGAGAUGCUCGUCUUGGCAUUUCUGAAACUAAUUUUUUAUUUCAUGUGAUAGAAGAAGCAAAGUAUAUCCAGAACAAAAUUAAGCUUUCUCUGUGUUCAACAGUACAUGACUUAAAUGUUCUUAAUUGUGCAGAACUGUUUUCCUUUUCAAUAAAAAAGCUGCAUUUUGGAAAA